UCUAAGGAAAACAGCAAUCAAAGCAAGCAACAAAUGUCUAGAGAGCACAAAAUUGAUAAUGCUGACAACUCUCGCCCCAUAUAUGGAACUGGAGACUAAAACUGCAAGUGACAGUUCUUAGCACUGCCCUGCCUGGAUGAACUUGGCUGCAAAGACUACAAAAGACGGAUGGCAUCCUCCUUUGACACUUGCUACACAUAUGCUCUGCGCUAUACGUCAGGAACUGAUUAAUACAGAGCCAGAAUGGAAAAGGAAAUGGAAACAACUAAGUUGGAAAAUGGAUCCCAUCUCCAGUUCUACAUGGAAAGAAAGAUUCCACCCAGGAUCAGCAAAACAGCAGUGAUAAAAAGCCAGCUGAUGAAAAACUGUUUCUGUACCAGAGAAAGAAUGAAAAAAACAGUCAUGGACUUUUUCCCUGUAUUACAGUGGCUUCCCAAAUACAAGUGUAAAGAGUAUAUUUGGGGAGACGUCAUGUCAGGCUUGGUCAUUGGAAUCAUUUUAGUGCCGCAAGCGAUCGCCUACUCCCUGCUAGCAGGCCUGAAGCCAAUAUAUAGUCUUUACACCUCUUUCUUUGCCAACAUCAUCUACUUUCUCAUGGGCACCUCCAGACACGUUUCAGUCGGCAUUUUCAGUUUAUUAAGCUUGAUGGUUGGACAAGUUGUUGACAGGGAACUGCUGUUGGCAGGGUUUGACCUCAACGAUGAUCCUCAGGAGGCCGCUGGUGGCAGAGAGUCUUUGAAUGUCACAGUUCACAAUUUAACCCUCGGCACAAUGAGCAUGGAAUGUGGGAAAGAAUGCUACGCCAUUGGGGUGGCGACGGCACUGACUUUCCUGGCUGGGGUUUAUCAGGUUCUGAUGGGAAUCUUCCACCUGGGCUUUGUGUCGAUGUAUCUUUCAGAGCCAGUACUCGAUGGCUUUGCAACGGGUGCUUCAGUAACCAUUCUAACAGCUCAGGUUAAGUACCUUGUUGGCAUCAAAAUCCCUCGGACCCAGGGAUACGGUGUCUUAAUCACCACCUGGGUUAACAUUUUCAGCAACAUUUCCCAGGCUAAUGUCUGUGAUGUGAUCACAAGCACGAUAUGCAUCACAGUACUGGUCACUGCCAAGGAACUAGGGGACAGAUAUAAGCACAAGCUCAAGGUUCCUCUUCCCACAGAGCUGAUUGUGAUUGUGAUGGCCACACUGGUUUCCCAUUACGGACAGCUGAAGGAAAUGUAUGGCUCCAGUGUUUCGGGCGAAAUCCCCACUGGAUUUAUUCCUCCCCAGGUGCCCAGCGUGACCCUCAUGCAGAGAGUUGCCGUUGACGCCCUCCCUCUUGCCAUCGUUGGCUUUGCCUUCACCGUUUCACUCUCAGAAAUGUUUGCCAAGAAAUAUGCCUACACUGUCAAGGCCAACCAGGAGAUGUUUGCCAUCGGCUUUUGCAACAUCAUCCCGGCUUUCUUCCACUGCUUUGCCACUAGUGCAGCCCUGGCCAAGAGCCUGGUCAAGGCAUCGACAGGAUGUCAGACACAGGUAUCCAGCCUGGUGAGCGCUGUGGUGGUGCUCCUGGUGUUGCUUUUUUUUGCACCCCUCUUUUUCAGCUUGCAGAAGUGCGUCCUGGCGUGCAUUAUCAUUGUCAGCCUAAGAGGAGCCCUUAGGAAAUUCAAAGACCUUCCCCAGCGCUACCGCCUAGAUCGAGUGGAUGCCCUGGUGUGGUGCGUUACCAUGCUCUCCUCUGCCUUGAUCAGCACUGAAAUGGGCCUUCUGGUUGGGGUCGUGUUUUCCAUCCUGUGCAUAAUCGGCCGCACCCAGCGCCCCCAUGUUGCCUUACUUGGGCAGAUUGGGAACACUGUCUUCUAUGAAGACGACGAGGAAUACACAAACCUCCUGCCUGUUCCAAAGGUGAAAAUCUUUCGCUUCGAAGCACCGCUUUAUUAUGCAAAUAAAGAUUUUUUCCUCAAGUGCCUCCACAACAAAACGGGGUUUGACCCUACGAUUGAAAUUGCCAGGAGAAAAAAGACCAAGAAGAAAGGGCAGCCAAAUUUUCACAAGGGACUUGAACAUGGAGAUACAGGUUUAUCUCUUGUCGCUAAACCCAGAGACAUUCAGGCCAUCAUCAUUGACUGCUCUUCCAUUCCAUUUUUGGACACUGCUGGUGUGAGCGCAUUAAAAGAAACAUUCAAAGACCACCAAGAACUGAAAGUCACAGUUCUCCUGGCUUGCUGCAGUCCCUGUGUGAUAGCUUCGCUGGAAAGAGGGGGCUACUCAGCCAGCGCAAAGAAAGACAUGCAUGAACUUGUGUUUCAUAGCAUACACAGUGCUGUCCAAUUUGUAAUUGAGAGGAAGACUACAGCAGAUGAUUCAGUUGUAUAGCCCAAGGUCCCCAUAUUGUAUCGUCAAUAACCAGCAGUUGUGAGGAUUCAGCAUUCACUGCAUUUAUGUUGUGGCCUUCAAAAUGUUCAAACUUGGGAUCCUACUUGAAUCCCAACAUACAAUACGGGGUCCUAUUCUGUUUUUAAAUUUUUUUUUAUAGAUACUCAGUAGUAUAAACAUAACAUGAGAUAAUGUAAUCUUAAAAUCUAGGU